CAUUGACGUUGUAAGCAUGAAUAAGAAACUCAAAUAAGAGAAGACAGGAGACUCAUUUAAGUCCGGAAGACGAACAGUUCACGUGGCGUGGUAAUUCAAUAUGGUGGACAGUGUUUACCGUACACGCUCUCUCGGUGUAGGUGUAGUUGGUCUUCCUGAUCAGUAUGCCGACGGUAAAGCAGCGAAAGUGUGGCAGCUGUACAUCGGAGACACUCGGAGCAGGACAGAGGAGUACAAGAGCUGGGUGCUGUCCCUGUUAAGAAAACAUGAGGUUCAGAAAGUGCUGGAUGUAGCCUGCGGAACAGGGGUGGAUUCCAUCAUGUUGGUAGAAGAGGGAUUCAAGGUGGUUAGUGUGGAUGCCAGUGACAAAAUGCUCAAAUAUGCUCUUAAAGAGAGAUGGGAGAGGAGAAAAGAACCCGCCUUCGAUAACUGGGUAAUUGAGGAGGCCAACUGGCUAACAUUACCAGAUGAUGUUAAAAAACCUGGAGAUGGGUUUGAUGCAGUGAUCUGUCUGGGCAAUUCGUUUGCUCAUUUACCAGACUUCAAAGGGGACCAGAGUGAUCAGAAGCUUGCCUUACAAAACAUAGCCAGCAUGGUGAAACCUGGAGGGAUCCUAAUCAUUGACCACCGUAAUUAUGAUUACAUCCUUGAGACUGGCCAAGCACCCCAAGGAAAGAAUAUUUACUAUAAGAGUGACCUGAAACAGGACAUCUCCACUUCAGUGCUGUGGGUUAAUAGCAAGCCUCAUAUGAUCACACUGGACUACACUCUGGUACUGCCUCAACCAGAGGACGUUCAGACUCCGCCUGAUACAAGUAAAUUCCGCCUGUCAUACUACCCCCAUCGUUUGGACAGUUUUAAGGAGAUUUUAAGAGCAUCGUUUUUUGGAAAAUGCGAGCACAAUGUGUAUGGAGACUUCAAGCAAUACACCCCAGGGCAAGGAGAGGUUCCCUGUUAUUUCAUUCAUGUGGUUAAAAAGACUACCUAAAGUCACAUUGUGUUCUGCCAUUUUAUUUCAUCUUCACAUGGAAAAUUGAUUGGGGAAAUUGGUCUGUGCAAACAACUUGACUAGGGCUUGCAUGACAAUACAAAUGCAGGGAGUUCUUUUAGUUCUUUUGCUUUAUUUUUUUUUUAUUUUUAUUUUUUCCCCUUAGGUGGGGGAUUUCAUACAUAAUGUAUCUUAUUUGAACUGGUACAUGCUCUUCUUCUAAUUAUUUCCCUCUGCUUAAAUUGAAUGAAUAUAUUUUCUCUUUUUAUUUACUCUUUCAUAUUACACAUUGUUAAGCAUGAACAUUUUACAUGUACAUUGUGUUUGAGUUCACAGAGCACACAAAAUGUGUUUUUGUGUUCCACUCUGCUGCUUCAUUUGUUUUUGUUUUUUCUAUGUAAACAUGCACUAGAAAGAUGUCUUUGUCCAUUGACCCACAAGUCAAAAUAAAAAGUAAUGCAUAAACAA